CUUUUUGGGACAUUUUAUGUUGAGCAGCUGGCAACACUGUCUAGCUCUGUAAUCUGAUUUGUAUCUAUAGUUUUUCCGCUAUAUAAUAAUUUUUGAUCACUUGUAUCAGCAGUUAACGAUUGAAAUUUUUAGAAUGUUUGCUUUGAGAAGGCCACUAGUAAGUAGUCGUUUUUUCUCUUCAGUUGUUCGAAGUAUGGAGAAGCACGGUGUUGUACCAGACGUUGUUGAUGUUGCUCCUGAACAAGUGAUUGAGGUUAGCUAUCCCAGUGGAGCUAAAGUUGAACACGGUAAUGUUCUAACUCCAACCUUGGUCAAGGAUGUGCCUACCGUAAAAUGGGAAGCAGACAAAAGCGCUUUCUACACUGUUUGCAUGACAGAUCCAGAUGCACCUAGUCGCAAAGAACCUAAAUUCCGUGAAUGGCACCACUGGCUGGUGGGAAAUGUCCCGGGUUCUGAUGUAGGAAAGGGGGAGGUUCUCUCGCAGUAUGUUGGUUCCGGCCCACCACAGGGCACCGGCCUGCACAGAUACGUUUUCUUGGUGUACAAACAGAACGGAAAACUUACUUUCGAUGAGAAGAGAUUGACCAAUACUUCAGGUGAUGGUAGGGGUGGUUUUUCCAUCAGAAAAUUCGCAUCUAAAUAUAACUUGGGGCAACCUAUUGCUGGGAACUUAUAUCAAGCCGAGUUCGAUGACUAUGUUCCAAUCCUCUACAAACAAUUGGGAGGUUAAGAUGACAGUGGAGCUGUCUUAUUUUAAGUGUUUGGUCUUGUAUCAUGUUUUAAGUACGUUGAAAAAUACAUUGGUUAGUGUUUCUCUAGU